AAGGAGAAGAGAGGAGAUGAGGACAUUGGGCACAAGAAUCAGAAAAUGUGUGUGGAUAUAAAAUCAAAAUAUAUCAACAUUGCUUCUUAUGAGUCAAAGCCGUUGCAGUCUCAAAGCCAAAGAGAAGCAUCGAGUCAUUUUCAUGAAAUUGGUGGAGAAGAAAGAGAAAACAAAAACAACAAAGUCGUCCUCGGAAAUUCAGUGAGUCUCCGAGUCUCCCCUUUCAAAACGCGGAAUCGCUCCCACCAUUAAAGAAAUCACGGGUUGAUUCAAUUUCCAUUUCCUUUGAAGAUUCAAAGCUGCAAACCAAGACCAACGUCAUCGACAACACCUUUACAUUGAGCAACCACAACCACAAAAGCCAGAAGCUUUCGUUUCAUUGACCCAAAUUGGUUGUGCCCAGUUGUUUUGUUUCUUCGAAUUUCAUGGCUUCGGCGGCGAUAUUCUCAUCGCUGCGGCGGCGAAGGUCGCCUUCUUUGGAGGCGUUUUUAGCUCCGGUAGACCUCUCCGACGUGGCGCUUGUACAAAUCCUAGUCUCAGUCACCGCCGAGAUAGCUUCGUCCUUCUCUGACAAGUUCUUCUCAUUCCAGAAGAGGAAUUCGAGGUCCCUGGUGCGAAAAGUCGAGAUAUUUCUCGUGCUUUUGGAGUAUUUGAGGGACUCCGGGUCGGCUCUGCCAUGGACGGCCGUCAUCUGCUUGAAAGAGCUCUACCUGCUCUUGUAUAGAUCCAAAAUUCUUCUCGAUUACUGCGCCCAGUCCAGUAAGUUAUGGCUUUUGCUUCAGAAUCAACCAAUUUCAGGUCAUUUUCAUGAUUUGAAUAAAGAAAUUUCGACCCUUUUGGACGUUUUUCCCAUGGAGGACGUUGAAUUAGGUGAGGAUGUGAGGGAGCAGAUUGAGCUGUUGCAGAGACAGGCCAGGAGGGCGAAACUGUUCAUCGAUGAAGGAGAUGAGGAGUUGAGGGUUAAGUUCUUUUCGUUCCUUGACGAGUUUGAGAAGGGUCGGGUUCCCGACUCGGCCGAUUUGUGGUUGUUUUUUGCAGAGCGAUUGGGGAUUCGAGAUGCCAAGAGUUGUCGAAAUGAAAUUGAGUUCUUGGAGGAGCAGAUUAUAAAUCACGAAGGGGAUGUUGAACCCACCGUUUCGGUGCUUAAUGGGUUUGUGGCAUUCACUCGAUAUUGCAGGUUUUUGCUUUUCGGGUUUGAAGAAGAUGAAGUGGAAUUGGGGAUUGGGAACAAUCAGAGGAAGCCUAGAAAAGGUUUGAUCACUCAAGAAAUUGCUGAGACUUUUAUAACGAUUCCAAAGGACUUUUGCUGCCCCAUAUCAUUGGAUUUGAUGAGAGAGCCGGUGAUUGUCUCAACAGGACAGACAUAUGAUCGAAGUUCUAUUUCGAGGUGGUUGGAAGAAGGGCAUUGUACUUGUCCAAAGACAGGACAAAUGAUGCCCAACACACGCCUUGUUCCUAAUCGGGCAUUGAGGAAUUUGAUAAUGCAAUGGUGCACUGCUUACGGAAUUCCUUAUGACCCUCCAGAGUGCACAGAAGCUUCUGCAGAAAGCUUUGCAGCUGCUUCUCCCUCUAAGGCCGCACUUGCUGCCAACAAAGCAACCGCAGGGCUUCUAAUCCAACGGCUGGAAGAUGGAUCACCAUGUGCACAAACUAUAGCUGCUCGUGAGAUUCGUUUGUUGGCCAAAACAGGAAGAGAAAAUCGUGCUUUCAUUGCGGAAGCUGGGGCGAUUCCCCAUCUAUGUAAGUUACUAUCAUCUCCAAACUCUGUUGCCCAAGAGAAUUCUGUAACUGCAAUGCUCAACUUAUCGAUAUAUGAUAAGAACAAAAGCCGGAUUAUGGAUGAAGGGUGUUUGGGAUCCAUUGUUGAUGUUCUGAGGUUUGGGCACACAACUGAGGCAAGGGAGAAUGCUGCAGCAACUUUGUUUAGUCUAUCUGCAGUUCAUGACUAUAAGAAGAGAAUAGCAGAUGAGGAAGGAGCAAUUGAAGCCUUGGCAGGGCUGUUGAGAGAGGGUACCCCAAGAGGAAAGAAGGAUGCUGUGACAGCUUUGUUUAACCUGUCAACUCACACAGAAAAUUGUGCGAGAAUGGUUGAGGCAGGGGCUGUGACAGCACUUGUAAGCGCAUUGGGAAAUGAAGGAGUUGCUGAGGAAGCAGCAGGUGCAUUGGCCUUGGUUGUUAGGCAGCCAAUUGGGGCUAAAGCAGUGGGGAAAGAGGACAUGGCAGUGGCAGGUUUGGUAGGGAUGAUGCGUUGUGGGACUCCAAGGGGUAAAGAAAAUGCAGUUGCAGCUUUGCUUGAGUUGUGCCGGAGUGGUGGAGCUGCUGCCACUGAAAGGGUAGUUAAGGCACCAGCUUUGGCUGGGUUGCUGCAGACAUUGCUUUUUACUGGUACAAAGCGGGCAAGAAGAAAGGCAGCAUCACUUGCUAGAGUGUUCCAAAGGUGUGAGAAUGCUGCAGCAAUGCAUUUUGGUGGUCUUGGUGUAGGAUAUGCAUUUGCAGGUAACUCAGCUGCAAAUAGGGAUUCGAGUUUCGCCAGUGAUGUCGCAGUGCCAAUGUCCAUUUCAGUGCCUGUUUUAUAGUGGUAACGUCCACCCUAGAUUUAUAGUCUUCCUUGCUUAUAUGUUCCCAUUUUUGUUGGAAAUAUUUACACAUUCUUUCAUUGAAAUUGGAGGUCAUAAAGAAGUUACAGGAAUAUCUUAUCUAAAUGUGCUUUAAGAGAAUAUUUUGUGUUGUCAAGCUUCUAGUGUAAGUUUAGCAUACAUGUAAUGUCCAAUGGUUU